UCCGGAAGUUGAUGCCUUACCUGUCCGUACUCCUGAAGGUGGUUUGACACAUGUACGCUCAGCACCGUGCGCAGUUUUGUUUCCAGGAACAGCCGCCAGCAGUGCGAGGUUUUAUUUCUGCUAUGGACUGAGAGUGGACAACAGCUUUUUGUGUGUCUGUGAGGACAAAGAGCACCGAAGUUGCUGCGGAAUUUAAAACUUUCUGCGGGCCCUCAGAUUCUCUCCCACAGACGCUUCGAGUGAGAUUUACACAAGCAAGACUGGAUAGUGACACAUAGGUCCAACACUAACACACGUCUUCGUGCAAUGUUGAAGAGUGGCACAUGGCCAGGCAACGUUGCCAUGGAGUCACUGAGUAACAUGGACAGUGCAGGGAGCUGUGACAGUGUAAUCAGCACAAACUCUGCCUGGGUGAGUGACGCUAGCGAGGAUAGUAUGGAGUACCUAUCUGCUGAAGAGAAGGCAUGUCUGAUGUUUCUGGAGGAAACAAUCGAAGCACUGGAAGUGCAGGAAGACAGUGGCUUAUCAAAUGACGAGCCAGACAUGUGGUCAAAGACGGAGCCACAAGAUCAGAUAAGAAGUAAUGAUGUUCCCACUGAAAUGGUCAAAUCAGGAAGUCUCAGGAUAUCCACUCUAAGUCCCCACGCAACAGCAGAUCCUCCAUCUGCUGGAUUAACCACAGAGUGUGAAACUGAGCAUCACGCUGCAAAUCAAAACCCCAACCCACAAUCGACUUCCACGUCUGCAGUCGGCAUGAAAGAUGUUAAAACAGAAGAUAUGGGAGUUGGAACUGAUCCUUUGGUGUCUAAUUCUGGUUACACAACCUCAUCAUCAGAUAAAAGAAUUGACGUUUCAAAGUUAGAUGGAGAUCUUGAGCUUGAGAAUGUCACAAAUUCUGGAGAUGCCUCAGAGAAUGAUCUGGAUAUAAUCCCUCCACCAACAGACUUCAGAGAUGAACCAGAACCAGAAUUGUCACUGGAAGCCAUAACCGCGGUCCCGCCACCAGCAGCCAUGACUGUAGAGGCCAUGACCGUGGUCCCGCCACCGGAGACCAUGACCGUGGUCCCGCCACCGGAGACCAUGACCGUGGUCCCGCCACCGGAGACCAUGACCGUGGUCCCGCCACCGGAGACCAUGACCGUGGUCCCGCCACCGGAGACCAUGACCGUGGUCCCGCCACCGGAGACCAUGACCGUGGUCCCGCCACCGGAGACCAUGACCGUGGUCCCGCCACCAGCAUCCAUCACCGGGGAGGCCAUGACUGUGGUCCCGCCACCGGAGACCAUGACCGUGGUCCCGCCACCAGCAGCCAUGACCAGGGAGGCCACGAACGUGGUCCUGCCACUGGAGGCCACAGCCAUGGUACCCCCACCAUCAAACGGCUCCACAAAGCAAAAACGAAAUAUUGAUGUAGAGCAGAUGCGCAUGAGAGCCUCUGUGAAGAGAUCUGUUGUAGACUCUUCUGCUCCUGAGGAUUCUUCUAGCAGAGCCUCAGAAGUUGCUUCACUUUUACCUCAAAUGAAUCCCCCUACUGAGCCUUCAGAGAUCAGAAGCCCACCUGCUGUGGCCCCAAAACCUAAGAAGCUACCUUCAAACAUUAUUUUAAAGACACUUGUCUCUCAUGGAAACCCAGGGCAUUCGGUACCCUCCCACAGUGAUCAGAUGUUGUUGGACCCUCAGAAGGUUCGAAUGGAGGCCCUCAAAAAGCUUGGACUGCUUAAAGACAACAAGGAAGAAUCAAGUUGUGCUGUAAGCCCUAAGCUUCCUCUGAAAUCUGGUGCAUACAAAUGGUCACCGGCGAGCCCCUCUCCUCCAGUCAGUCCUGCUGCUCCUCACACACCCCCUGUAACACCAUCUCUCACCCCAGUCAUUAGUCCCCUACAAGCCAUUGUACCCCAACAGUCUGUUUUGGCUCCUAUUGUGUCACCAUCAGCUUCUUCAGCAUCUCCUCCCAUUGAGGACACUGAUAUCCUCCCAGCACCUGCAGCUUUCAGCGAUGGAUUUGGCCCUUCAGGUGAUGAACUUCCUGCUGUCACAGAGGCCCGUUUCAAUACCCUUCCUAACGCAUCGCUACCGAAGGUGAUCAGUAUGAAAUCGGCAACCUUGGCGCGAUCUGGUUUGGGUCUGAGCAGCCAGAUGUCAAAUCAGAGCUUAUUGGAGAUGGCUGAUGGCAAGCAAGACCCAAAGCACCUGCGCAACAUUCGACCAAGACCUGCCUCUCUGGGGACUGGGAAAGACUUUCCUCACACUAAAGGUGAGGGUUUGUUGGCCAGUGGAACAUCAGAAUCCCAGAAGCCCCAACCUACACAGGCAUUCCACCACAGACAGUCUUCUAAGCUGCCUCGACCUCAAGGCAUCAGCGUGGUGAUCUGCCCUCGCGCAGAGAAUGAAGAGGACCGGCGCCAGGCCCUGAAGAAGCUGGGACUGCUCAGAGACUAACAUCCAAAUGUACCUUUAUAUAUUGUAAAAAAAGACUGAUGCAGACUAUAUCUGGGUUUAAA